CUCUUGCACUUGAACUUUGAUAUGGGUGGUGGUAUAAAGUUCUACUUAGCACUAUUUAAUGCAGUAUCUACAUUAGGAUGGACUGCUGUGUUAGCUUUAACAAUAAAGCAUCUCUACGAUGGAAACGUUACCGUUCCAGUGCAGGAAUCACCAGUAACAUACUUUAAGAGCGCAUUUAACAGCCAAUUCUGCGGUGAACUUCUCUCAAAAGCACGCACUACGUAUUUUGAUAUUGGUAGUAUCGUACAAUUCGUACAAAGUAUCGCUAUUCUUGAGGUUGUGCACGUUAUCAUUGGCUUCGUGCGUUCACCACUUCCAACCACAGCAAUGCAAGUAGCUAGCAGACUUUACAUCGUAUACUACAUUGCGCCAUUGUUUGUUCAAGCCCAAUAUAACUUUGUCUACACGACGAUGAUAAUUGCGUGGUCAUUGACAGAAAUUAUCAGAUACUCAUUCUACACUACGUCACUCGUUGGAUGUAAAUCAAGCGUACUCAAUUGGUUGAGAUACACGACUUUCUAUGUACUCUACCCACUUGGUGCUGGUUCAGAAGCCACCUUGAUCGCGUCUACGAUGCCAAAAGGCUUACCAAAUAACAUAAACUGGCCAGCAUCAGAUAUCAUUAGAUCCUGGUUCUUUAUUGGUUGGUGGCCAGGAUUAUAUAUCAUGUACACCCAUAUGAUGCGUCAACGCUCAAAAGCAUUAUCAAAAGCUAAAACUAAUUAAUUUUUAUUUUUACAUUUUGUCAAGACAUUUAGAUUACCAGCUUGUCCGCCGACGCUCACGAUCGAAGUGCGAAAAUGGAAACGUU